CGAACUUCCUGAGGAGAAUGAAGCAGGAGGAGCUGGCUGACUGUCUGCAGAGCAGACAUUUUGCUCCAGUUUGUCAACGUAAAGUUAAAUCUUCUCUGAAGGAUAAGUUCCAGCGUGUGUUUGAGGGGAUUGCUAAAGCUGGAAACUCAACCCUUCUGAAUGAGAUCUACACAGAGCUCUACAUCACAGAGGGAGGGACUGCAGAGGUCAAUGAUGAACAUGAGGUCAGACGGAUUGAAACAGCAUCCAGGAAACCACACAGACCAGAAACAAGCAUCAGACAAGAAGAACUCUUUAAAGCCUCACCUGGAAGACAUGGACCAAUCAGAAGAGUGAUGACAAAGGGAGUGGCUGGCAUUGGGAAAACAGUCUUAACACAGAAGUUCACUCUGGACUGGGCUGAAGACAAAGCCAACCAGGACAUCCUCUUCAUAUUUCCAUUGACUUUCAGAGAGCUGAAUGUGGUGAAAGAGAGAAAGUUCAGCUUGGUGGAACUUGUUCAUUACUUCUUCACCGAAACCAAAGAAGCAGGAAUCUGCAGCUUUGAAGACUUCCAGGUUGUGUUCAUCUUUGACGGUCUGGAUGACUGUCGACUUCCUCUGGACUUCCACAAGACUGAGGUCCUGACUGAUGUUACAGAGUCCACCUCAGUGGAUGUGCUGCUGACAAACCUCAUCAGGGGGAAACUGCUUCCCUCUGCUCGCCUCUGGAUAACCACACGACCUGCAGCGGCCAAUCAGAUCCCUCCUGAGUGUGUUGACAUGGUGACAGAGGUCAGAGGGUUCACUGACCCCCAGAAGGAGGAGUACUUCAGGAAGAGGUUCAGAGAUGAGGAGCAGGCCAGCAGCAUCAUCUCCCACAUCAAGACAUCACGAAGCCUCCACAUCAUGUGUCACAUCCCAGUCUUCUGCUGGAUCACUGCUACAGUUCUGGAGGAUGAGUUGGAAACCAGAGAGGGAGGAGAGCUGCCCAAGACCCUGACUGAGAUGUACAUCCACUUCCUGGUGGUUCAGGCCAAAGUCAAGAAGGUCAAGUAUGAUGGAGGAGCUGAGACAGAUCCACACUGGGAUAAAAAGAGCAGGAAGAUGAUUGAGUCUCUGGGAAAACUGGCUUUUGAUCAGCUGCUGAAAGGAAACCUGAUCUUCUAUGAAUCAGACCUGACAGAGUGUGGCAUUGAUAUCAGAGCAGCCUCAGUGUACUCAGGAGUGCUGACACAGAUCUUUAAAGAGGAGAGAGGCCUGUACCAGGACAAGGUGUUCUGCUUCGUCCAUCUGAGCGUUCAGGAGUUUCUGGCUGCAGUCUACAUGAUCCACUGUUACACCAACAGGAAGACAGAGGAGCUGCAGGACUUCCUGAAAGAAAACUACAAUAACUCACCUCUGGAUGAGUUUCUGAACGGAGUCAUGAUUAAAUCCCUGGAGAGUAAAAAUGGUCACCUGGACCUGUUAGUUCGCUUCCUUCAUGGCGUCUCUCUGGAGUCCAACCAGAGACUCUUAGGAGGUCUGCUGGGUCAGACAGGGAACAGUCCAGAAAUCAUCCAGAGAACCAUCAACAAGCUGAAGAAGAUGAACACUGGUAAAAUGUCUCCUGACAGAAGCAUCAACAUCUUCCACUGUCUGAUGGAGAUGAACGACCUCUCAGUUCAUCAGAAGAUCCAAGAGUUCCUGAAGUCAAGGAACAGAUCAGAGGAACUCUCUGAGAUCCACUGCUCAGCUCUGGCCUACAUGCUGCAGAUGUCAGAGGAGGUUCUGGAUGAGUUGGACCUGGAGGACUACAACACAUCAAUGGAGGGACGAUGGAGACUGAUCCCAGCUGUGAGGAACUGCAGAAAGGCUCGACUUGGUGGUUGUGGACUCUCAGAGAGUGAAUGUGAAGUCGUGGCCUCAGCUCUGAAG